CACACGCACAGGAUUGCUUGCAUGCCUCAUCUCUCUUCAGAUUGGCACCGAACAUGUGACCCUGCUGUGUGUAUCAAGUGUUUGUGUGUGUUUUGAAGAAUGUAUUUUCGCUGCGAGAUCGAGGGAAUGUUUAUGAACGCCUGACAGCGUUCUGAAAGCCUUACAAACUCGUUUUUCUACCUAUCAGUUUAGUUUGACGUGGAUUGCACGGUGUGGGACUUUUUUUUUUUUUUUUGCUCAGUGUAAAUGGUUGAAGAUCAUGUGUCUAUCUGAGAACACUCGAGCCGGACUGAUGGUUGUUGAGGAUUUGCAUUGCACCUUUUCCAUACAGGAAAACAUCCCUGAUGCCAAUCUUUAUUAUUUCCAUUGCUUCCUGCAGGCACACUCCGCACUUUGUUUCGCUUGUAGAUUGGACACACGCUUUGAGAUCGGAAAUUAAGUCAUUUGGUACUUUAAAAAAUAAAUUCAUUAAUUCAUUUAUUUUUUGCUUCAGCCUGACAGCCUGCUUGGAUCAGAAUGGGGGUGAAAGAUCGGCCUCAGUGCUACUUUGAUGUAGAAAUCAACAGAGAACCAGUUGGACGCAUUGUCUUUCAACUGUUCUCCGAUGUUUGUCCCAAGACAAGCAAAAAUUUCCUCUGUCUCUGUACCGGUGAAAAGGGCGUUGGUAAAACCACAGGGAAAAAAUUGUGCUAUAAAGGUUCUGUAUUCCAUCGAGUAGUUAAGAACUUCAUGAUUCAAGGAGGAGAUUUCAUUGAAGGCAAUGGAAGAGGAGGAGAGUCCAUAUUCGGAGGCUACUUUCAAGAUGAGAACUUUAUUCUCAAACACGACAGAGCCUUCCUCUUGUCAAUGGCCAACCGAGGCAAGAACACCAACGGCUCCCAGUUUUUCAUAACUACGAAGACGGCGCCACAUCUGGAUGGCGUUCAUGUCGUGUUCGGGUUGGUCAUCUCUGGGUUCGAAGUGAUAAAGAAAAUCGAGGGGCUGAAGACCGACACUGCCAGCAGACCCUACGCUGAUGUCAGAGUGAUUGACUGCGGGCAGCUGAUUACAAAAUCUGCUAAAGAUGUACUUGAAGGAAGGAAGAGGAAAACCUUCUAUUCUGAAGAUGACUCUCAGAGCUCUUCGGAGUCACCGCUCUCCUCUUUGGAGUCUGGAGAAGAAUCGAAUGAACAGUAUUCACGCCGGCGUAAAAAGACGACAGCAAAGAGCAAGCGUUCAAAGAGGAGAAGAAAAGAAUUCUCGAGGAAAGAGAGACACCAUGAGAAAUCAGUUGUUGAAGUGGGAACCUCUGAGCAAGAAAAGGUAGAGGACCAGAAUCUACAGAAAGAACAUAAUGUAAAGAGGGAGAAGCCUAUGGUGCGCCCAGAGGAGAUCCCUCCUGUGCCAGAGAACCGCUUCCUGCUCCGCAGAGACCUGCCAGCACAGGAAGAGAUAACAAAUGUCACUGUACAGGACACAGCCAAAGUGCUGAAUGACCCCAAGCCAGCUAUCACAAAAUCUGGGCGGAAACUCAAAGGCCGUGGCACAAUGAGAUACCAUACCCCUACUCGUUCGCUAUCCCGUUCUGAGUCUGAGGAGGAAAGAGGAAGCAGCGAGACUCCUCCACACUGGAAAGAGGAGAUGCAAAGAACGAAGAUGUACCAGCCUCCUAGCGUAGAGAGAUGGAGCAAAGGAGAAAGAUUGGAUGACAGAAGUGGCAGCCCCAUGUCAAGGUCCCGAGAAUGCUCUUCAGAUCGGGUCUCUGAUCACUCCAGUCAGCAUCACUAUCACGGGAAAGAAAAGAAAAAGGCCAAACGCAAGAAGAAAGCAAAGAAACGGAAACAUGCAAAAAAACAUAAGAAAAACAAAUACAUAGAGGCCUCGCUUUCAGAAGGAGAGGUGUCCAUGUCAUCCAGCAAAAGAUCAAAACUCUCCAACCAGCCUGAGAGGAGAUCUUAUUCAUGCUCUUGCACUCAUUCUUCUCCACACCAAUCACGCAGGUCAUAUAGGUCAAGGUCAGACAGGAGGAGAUCCACAUCCUCUUCAUCAAGAGAGUCAAGAUCUUACUCUAUGUCAAGAGAUGGAUCCUAUUCCACAAGUCGUUCUAGAUCUGGCAGUAGGUUUAGGUCCUACUCAAGGUCAAGUGAGUCCAGGCAUUCUAUUACACGAUCUAGGUCUAAUUCCCACUCCAGAUCUAGAUACAGGACAAGAUCUACAACCAGAUCUAGGUCCAGGUACAAGUCACAGUCCCCAUAUUACAGAAAAAAAAAGGCAUCAAAGCUUUCCGAGGGCAGUGCACAGAAGGUUAAGAAUCCCGUAUCCACCACUGCUCAAGCUGUAGAACCCAAAGCGCCUCCAUCUAGUGAAAGUGUCCCAGUGCUUCCUUUGAGUGACAGCCCACCACCUUCUCGAUGGAAACCAGGACAAAAGCCUUGGAAGCCAUCUUAUGUUCGCAUUCAGGAGAUAAAAGCAAAGAAAGACUCGCCCUCUCACGCUCUUAUAUGUCGAACUCCAGUCAUGCCACUGGAAACAUCAUCAAAUGUUCAGGGCCAAUUUGAGGAAUCCACGUCUCAUAAGGGCCUCAGCAGUAGCAGCCAGUACAGUGGAAAAACCAAGCGACCUGAAGGCCCCCGAAAAGGUUCGUCCAGGAGCCGAUAUUCUAGCCAUUCAAGAAGCAGAAGCCGCACUAGUUAUCAGUCCGUGUCACCUGGUCAGUACAGCAGGUCUUCCUCGGCUACUUCCUCUAGCAGGUCAGGCUCUUAUUAUUCAUAUAGAAGAACAUCCUCAGAAAGAAAAGAAAAACAUCGUAGUGCUCACCGAAGGGACCAUAAGAGGACCAAGAAUGUGAUAUGUAUCCCUGUCAAAGAAGAUGCAUCUGCCUCCCAUUCAGAUGAUGAAACUGACUCCACACAGGGUCCUAUUGAGAAACGCAUUAUUUCAAGGGAUCAGGUUGCACUUGAUGCUGUGCCAGAUUUUCAGAACAAGACAGAAAAUAAACUGAAAACUAACAAUGCUGCAGUAGUGGCUGGCACCAGCGGUAAAUCUGGAUCUGGAUGGGAAAGUGAUGGCGAACAUUUCACUAAGCUGGCAUCUGCUGAUGAAAGUAAACCACCUCGAAUUUCUGUUAGAGGGGAAAGUGAACUUUCUGAAAUCAAAAAGAUUUCGGCUCAUUGCUGGGACUCUGAAAGUGAGUCUGAAGUGCCAGGAGCGAAGAAUGUCCAAAGUGAAAAUAAAGCUUCAUCAGAAAAGGAAGAGGGGGAAGCCAGUUCAGAAUCUGAAAGUCAAGAACUUUCUAGGCUCUCCAGUAAACCAGACCAUCUCUCCAAGGAUUCAGAAGAAUUUCAAAACGAUUCCGGUGAUUGCAAAAAAAGCGAAAAGCCCAAAAGCAAGAAGGCCAAGCGUAAACACAAGCAUAAGAGGAGAAAUUCUGACCGCGCUGGCUCAAAAAGAGUGAAGUCAAAAACAAAAAGGUCUAAGAAGAAACACCAGAAACCCAAGGAGACAUUUCAUUGGCAGCCUCCACUUGAGUUUGGUGAUGAAGGUGAGGAGGAUGAUUCACUUGCUCAAGGGAAAAAUACUGAUCCUGCACAGCAAAUUGCUAAAAAUGAAGGAUUUACAGAACUGGUAAAGAGCACAAAGCUGAAAUCUCAACGUGCUGAAAGCAAGAACUUCUCCCAAAUAAUUCGUGAUUCAUCACAAGAAAGUUGCUCAGCCACAGAGAUCUCCAAAAGUGGUGAUGAGUCGACAAACUUGGGGAAAAAACAGCAAUUAAAGCUGAAUAGCGAAGCAGCAAAGAAAAGUCCAGCAAAAAAACAACAGUCAAGUGUUAAUGUGAUACAUGCCAAAGACAAAGCAAAAGAACAAGACGAUAUGGAAAUAUGUACUCCAGAGCACAACGCAGACACCAACACUGAACCACCUGAACCUGGUGUAAUUGACCGUUCAGCAAAAAAAGAUAUUGUCAAGAACGGCGAACAACUUCUGCUACCUCAGGUCGAUCAAAAGGCCUCAGAAUCAGGUCCAUCUUUCUUAAAUCCUGCCAAUCAAGCUGAGGAAACUGCACCUGGAGGUGUUGGGGUACCAGGCGAUCCCAAAUGGAAACCUUUGAAAGGUAUGACUGUCGUGACAGCGGUCAGUGCAGCACCUCUGGAAAUCAAAUUGAACAGAGCACAAGAACUGGAAGAAGGUAAAGUUCAAGGCCUCAAGAUUAAGAUCAAAAGCAAAAACAGGGUGCGACCGGGAUCCCUGUUUGACGAGGUGCGGAAGACAGCUCGGCUAAACCAGCGUCCCAGAAACCAGGACAGUUCCAGUGAAGAGGAUUUACCUGCUGCAACCGGAGAGCAGGCCGAAUCCCAGAAGAACUCGCAAAGCAAGUCUCGCUCGGUGUCCAGUUCCAGGCUCCGACAUAGAGACAGGUCUCGGUCAUACACCUACUCCAGGAGCAGGUCCAGAAGCUCUAGCUUUUCUUCGAGGAGCUACAGUCGAAGUAGAAGCAGACGGAGCUACAGUAGAGAACGUUCAAGAUCUCUAACUAGUAGUUACCAUAGCUAUCGCAGUCGCACAUACAGCCGAAGUCGUUCCAGAAGUUGGUCCAGAGGACGUCAUAGGUCAAGAUCGUACACUUAUGACAGCUGCUCAAGCCGUAGGAGCAGUCAUAGCAGAAGGCGGCGACACAGACGAAGUGAAAGUUAUGAUCGCAGGUCCAGAUCAUAUCGUUCCUACAGUCGCAGUUCAUCAAGGCAUAGAAGUCGUAGCAGUCGAUACAGCUGAGACCACUUUAGCGAGAUUUCCUCUUGCUUUUUUCUGUCCACUUGUUAUUGAAGCUGGACCCGAGCCUCAUUGAUCUUCUUUUCUUGUCCAUAAAGAUUGUUUCUUUCAAGUCAGGUGAUAUGAACCUCUUCGACCUGUAAAUGUAUUACUGUUGUACUGUAUUCUGUAUACUGUUUAACUGUUGUGGGUUUUUUUGUUUUUAAAGCAGUUUAUUUUUAUUUUCCAAAAUGACCUAUAUGAAUGUAUGAGAGCUAUUUUAUGUGGCCCUGUUUUGGUUUUGUAUGGAGUUUUUAUUUAGUUCUAACAAGAAGAUCAAGCCGGUUCAGAAUGGAUGUAAUACGUUCACACGAUUUCAAAUGACGAGACCUCAGAUGCCGUAAAAGUGGGUUUUAGCACAAUAUGACGGUGUUUUAAAUCCAGUGGGGUUUUUUUUGUACCGUAAAUUCCGGACUAUUAAACUAACUAAAUUGAACUAAUGAACUUUACACAGGCUUUAACGAAAGACAGUGUCUGUUACACGGCUUGUAUCUAAACAGUAGCCUACCA